AAGUUUAGUUUAAAGUGUUAAAAAGAUUAUAUCAAAACAUGGUAACAAGUGUUAAGUGGUUGCUUUUGAUUGGAUUAACUGUGUUGCAAAUAACUGUGUCACGGAGCCAGCAGGAGGGCCGCCGGCAGCCACAGCAGGAAGGCAAGAACAAGAAGCCACAGUCGGUGCGAGAUCUCCUCAACACCACAUCCUGCAUCCCGCCACCAUACCGCUGCCCGCACCCCAAGAUGCAGUUCUAUCUAUACACCAGAACAACGCAAGAGAAAGGCGAGCUCCUGAACACCCUGGACGACGACUCGCUAACGUACUCCAAGUUCAACACCCGCCACCCGACGAAGGUGGUGGUGCACGGCUUCGGAGGAGGCAGAAACCUGUCACCCAGCACAGACAUGCGCAAGGCUUACUUCACCCACGGUGACUACAACAUCAUCAUCGUGGACUACGGCACCCUCGUCAAAGAACCGUGUCUUAGUCAGAUAGAAUGGGCGCCACGGUUCGCAGGGCUGUGCAUCGCGCAGCUGGUGGAGUACCUGCAGUACCAUCCGGUGAAGAGGGUGCCGCCAGAGAAGAUCCAUACCAUCGGAUACAGCGUCGGCGCACAUAUCCUCGGCCUUGUUGCUAAUCAUAUCAGCAGCGGGAAACUUGGCAGGAUCACUGGAUUAGACCCGACAAUUCUGUUCUACAUGGGAAACAAUCGAUCACGCGAUUUAGACUACACUGAUGCCCUGUUCGUGGACGUCCUACACACGGGCGCUGGUAUCCUGGGCCAAUGGGGUCCCAACGGCCACGCUGACUUCUACGUCAAUGGAGGUUCCAGCCAACCUGGAUGCGCUCAUGACACUAUUUUCCAGACGUUAUCAUGCGAUCAUACCAAGGUGACGCCAUACUUCAUAGAGUCGAUCAACAGCCGGGCCGGGUUCUGGGCUGGCCCCUGUCCAACCCUGUUCUCUUACCUCAUCGGCUGGUGCGAGCCCAAAGACACCGAGUACGUGCUCAUGGGUGAACAUGUUUCACACAAUGCCCGAGGCGUGUACUAUGUGACGACGAACGCGAAACCUCCGUACGCGAGAGGCUUCCCCGGCAAGUCACGGCGCUUGCGUUCUGUUGGGCCUUACAGCUGAUGACCCUCAACCUUAGAGCGGGGCUACACGAGCGUCAACGCUUUGUUGCGUCGUCGCAACGCGUAUCAAUACUUACGUAGCGUGCCUUAGACGGGCUCUAUUAUCAAAAAGUGUUGGGGGCUCGUGGACUAUAACAUACAUAAAUAACUAUAUACGUCCCACUGCUGGGCACAGGCCUCCCCUCAAUCGACCGGAGGGGGUAUGGAGCAUACCCCACAACGCUGCUCCGCUGCGGGUUGGUGGAGACAUUUUUACGGCUAAUAGCCGGAACCAACGACUUAACGCGCCCUCCGAAACACGGAAUCAACUUAUUUUUCAAGACAAUCAGGAGAUUCAGGCCUGUAAAGUCCUUACCAAACAAAGGACAGUCUCACAAAGUGAUUUCGACAAUGUCCCCAUCGGGAAUCGAACCCGGACCUCCAGAUCGUGAGCCUAACGCUCUAACCACUAGACCACGGAGGCUGUUCGUGGACUAUAUUUUAU